UUUGAAGCCGUGGCUUGUUUUUUAUCCCACUUUUCAUUUCUCCACAAUCCGCGGCUGCUCGCCUCCCUCUGAUCCCCGGCUCUCCGCGCUGCGUUCUCCCGGCGUCAAGCUCUCCGGAUCCCGGCUGAUUCUCCUCCACCUCUCCCUCUCUCCCUCUCUCUCUCUCUCUCUCUCUCCCGGCUCCUCUGAGAUGCUCUCCCCGCUCUCCGCUCCUCUCUCCGCCCUCUUUUAACUUCACAGAGACGCCGUUUAAAGCCCAGGCAGCUGCGAGCUCGGGCUGGGAUCUAAAACAACCCCGGAGAAACCCAGAGGGAUCCGGGACUCUUCUUCUGGAUCAGGACCCAGUACUUUGGGGAAGCUCGCUGGUGUGUCCCUCCUCCCCUCCUUCCUCCUCCUCAUCACUCCUCUUUUCUCCACCUUAAUCCAGGUGGUCCUUUGGCUUUUUUGAGUGGCUGGUACAGGGAGGAUUAUUCUUCUUCUUUCGUGUUUCUGGUAAAGACAAAGCUCCCAGAAGGACACUUUGAUGUUCUCCAUCCAGGACAGCCUCCCCCGGGGGGCCCUGACCAUGAAGGAGGAGCCGCUCCCCACCGGCAUGACCCCGGUCCGCUCCUGGAUGCAGGGCGCAGGGAUUUUGGACGCCAACACAGCGGCCCAGAGCGGUGUGGGUUUAGCCCGAGCGCACUUCGAGAAGCAGCCUCCGUCCAACCUGAGGAAGUCCAACUUCUUCCACUUCGUGCUGGCGCUCUACGACAGGCAGGGUCAGCCGGUCGAGAUCGAGAGGACUUCCUACGUAGACUUUGUGGAGAAAGACAAGGAGUACAACGGAGAGAAGACCAACAACGGGAUCCACUACAGGCUACAGCUCCUCUACAGCAACGGCAUCAGGACGGAACAGGAUCUCUUUGUUCGGCUGAUAGACUCCAUGACCAAACAGGCCAUCCUGUACGAAGGUCAGGACAAGAACCCAGAGAUGUGUCGCGUCCUCCUCACCCACGAGAUCAUGUGCAGUCGGUGUUGUGACAAGAAGAGCUGCGGGAACCGCAACGAGACGCCCUCCGACCCCGUCAUCAUCGACAGAUUCUUCCUCAAGUUCUUCCUCAAGUGCAAUCAGAACUGUUUGAAAAAUGCAGGAAACCCACGAGACAUGAGGAGGUUCCAGGUGGUGGUUUCCACCACGGUCAACGUGGACGGUCACGUGCUGGCGGUGUCAGACAACAUGUUCGUCCACAACAACUCCAAACACGGCCGCCGCGCCCGACGCCUGGACCCCUCCGAAGCAGCUACGCCCUGCAUCAAAGCCAUCAGCCCGAGCGAGGGCUGGACGACCGGCGGCGCCACCGUCAUCCUCAUCGGGGACAACUUCUUCGACGGCCUGCAGGUCGUCUUCGGCACCAUGCUGGUCUGGAGCGAGCUGAUCACCCCUCACGCCAUCCGGGUCCAGACUCCCCCUCGCCACAUCCCCGGGGUCGUGGAGGUCACGCUGUCCUACAAAUCCAAACAGUUCUGCAAAGGAGCGCCAGGACGCUUCGUCUACACCGCCUUGAACGAGCCGACCAUCGACUACGGCUUCCAGAGGUUACAGAAGGUCAUCCCUCGCCACCCCGGGGACCCCGAGAGGUUACCUAAGGAGGUGCUGCUGAAGCGAGCAGCCGACCUGGUGGAGGCUCUUUAUGGGAUGCCGCACAACAACCAGGAGAUCAUCCUGAAGCGGGCGGCCGACCUCACCGAGGCGCUCUACAGCGUCCCUCGCAGUCACAACCAGCUGCCGUCUCUCACCGGCUCGGCCGCUCACUCGGGGAUGAUGGGCGUGAACUCGUUCAGCAGUCAGCUCGCCGUCAACAUCUCCGAGGCCUCGCAGGCCGACCAGGGUUACUCCCGUAACUCGAACAGCGUGUCUCCUCGCGGCUACGUGCCGAGCUCCACGCCUCAGCAGUCCAACUACAACACCAUCACGUCCACCAUGAACGGAUACGGAGCAGGGAUGACCAACCUGGGCGUACCUGGAUCCCCCAGCUUCCUCAACGGCUCCACCAACUCUGCUUACGCAAUCAAACAGAAGAGCGCCUUCGCCCCUGUCGUGCGGCCACAGACCUCCCCGCCCCCCACCUGCACCACCACCAAUGGCAGCAACCUCCAGGCUAUGGCAGGUCUCAUCGUCCCGCCCAUGUGAGGACGACUCUCAGCCAGAUACCGUCAGACACCCCCUACCCCCCAGCGCUGAUGCCCACCGCCCACCUGAAACGCCACAACAACAGCAGCGAGAAACCCAUCCCAUCAUCCCCCUGUGACCCAGAAUCCACCCCUGCAGCAGAAGGUCAAGUCUGACUCUUCGUCUUCGCUGUGGGACUUCACCCCGCUGACGGCUGAAGCCACCGCAGACCGCUAAACGGGAAGUGUCUUCUCAAAGACGUCUGCGGUGGCUCCAUGUCCAGGCGGCGCUCCUUCACAGGAGGUCAAAGGUCAGGGAGGAGUGAACUGAGGGAGGAGUGAACUGAGGGAGGGAGGAGUGA